AUCUAACAGUUCGAUAGGUUGUGGGUUCGAUCCCCAUGGGCUUCGUCUUCUUUUUUUUGUCCUCUACACUCUUCCGAAGCAUAGUGAGGCUGCUGAAGUUUGGAAUGUGGCGGAGAAGGAUUUUUUGGUCUUGCAGGCCACUACCCCGCAAUUAUCCGUACAGUAGCGAAGUAUGUACGCAGCUAGCUUUCUCUGCGCGCAGAAGGCUUGGUCUUAAUCUUUGGAUCCUUUUCGCUCUUCCAGAGUAGAUUGUGGCUAUCAAAUUCUAGAGAUGCAUCUUCCGCUGGACGCACGUGUUGCAGAACUGCGUCGCAACCAGCCUUCCAACGGCAGA